GCAGCUGUAGUCACGUGCUAUCAGGCCCACCCUGGAGCAGGAGCGGCCGCUAUGUGGCGGAGGAGCUGCGGGCAUCUCGGAGCGCGGCUCUGCUGGCUGCGCGGUGGUCUCCAGUUCCCCGCCAAGCGCCACUGGGGCGUGGUCUCCUGCAUCGAUCCUUCCAUGGGACUAAAUGAAGAACAGAAAGAAUUUCAGAAAGUGGCCUUUGACUUUGCCGCCCAGGAGAUGGCUCCAAAUAUGGCGGAGUGGGACCAGAAGGAGCUGUUCCCAGUGGAUGUGAUGCGGAAGGCAGCCCAGAUAGGCUUUGGGGGGAUCUACGUGCAAACAGAUGUAGGUGGGUCUGGACUGUCACGGCUUGAUACUGCUGUCAUCUUUGAAGCCUUGGCCACUGGGUGCACCAGCACCACAGCCUACAUAAGCAUUCACAAUAUGUGUGCCUGGAUCAUUGAUACCUUUGGAAAUGAAGAACAAAGGCACAAAUUUUGCCCACCACUCUGUACCAUGGAGAAGUUUGCUUCCUACUGCCUCACUGAACCAGGAAGUGGGAGUGAUGCUGCCUCCCUUUUGACUUCAGCUAAACGACAAGGAGAUCAUUACGUCCUCAAUGGCUCCAAGGCCUUCAUCAGUGGUGCUGGUGAAUCAGACAUCUAUGUAGUCAUGUGCCGAACGGGAGAACCAGGCCCCAAAGGCAUCUCGUGCAUAGUUGUUGAAAAGGGGACCCCUGGCCUCAGCUUUGGCAAGAAGGAAAAAAAGGUGGGGUGGAAUUCACAGCCAACCCGAGCCGUGAUCUUUGAAGACUGUGCUGUCCCCGUGGCCAACAGAAUUGGGGAUGAGGGGCAGGGCUUCCUCAUUGCCAUGAAAGGACUGAAUGGAGGGAGGAUCAAUGUCGCCUCCUGCUCUCUGGGGGCCGCUUAUGCUUCAGUCGUCCUCACGCGAGACCACCUCAACGUUCGCAAGCAGUUUGGAGAGCCUCUGGCCAAUAAACAGUACCUGCAGUUCAAACUGGCUGAUAUGGCAACGAGGCUGGUGGCCUCCCGGCUGAUGAUCCGCAGUGCAGCAGUGGCUCUGCAGGAGGAGAGGGAAGAUGCAGUGGUCCUGUGUUCCAUGGCCAAGCUCUUCGCUACAGAUGAAUGCUUUGCUAUCUGCAACCAGGCUUUACAGAUGCACGGAGGCUACGGCUACCUGAAGGACUAUGCCAUCCAGCAGUAUGUGCGGGACUCCCGGGUGCACCAGAUCCUCGAAGGUAGCAAUGAAGUGAUGAGGAUGCUGAUCUCUCGAAGCCUGCUUCAGCAGUAGCACCCAGACUUGAUGUUCUCUGGUGAUGUUUAAUGUGCAAAUCAAAUCAGUACUGAGUGGUUCCCCGUGGAGCAUUCUGUUACAGAUGAGAUGUAGGUUAGAGCAAAGGGCCGAGCUCUUCCAGGAGGACUCUUCCCUCUGUGUGCUGGCAGCAGGGUCCUCGCAGAACUAGAGGAGAUGCCCUUAUUGGGAAUGUCACAAGAAGGUGGACUACCUUGUUUUCCUAAUGCAGAAAGGUUACCAAAGAAGAUUCGCCGCCCGACCAGAAUCCUCUCUUGGAUUCACAUUGUCUUGAUUUUUCUGCGUUUUGCUGGUUACCCGAAUUUCCCUUCCAGGAAUCUGGGCAUUUGCAUUGAGAGUUUUUCCUUAGUAUAAAGCAGAGGUGUGUGGGGAAGGAGCAAUGGAGAGAAAAUGUCCUUCUGUCUUUUUCCAUCCUCUGAACCUCAGCCAGAGAUGCAGAAGGUUCUGUGUGUCACAGUCCUCUGGAUAUAAAUCAUGAUCAGGUGAGUAUUUGGGACACUCUCCCCUUAAGCUGCGAGUUAGAGGCAUCUGCACCUUUGGACCAGCUAAACAUCAGAGGCUGAGACUGUUCAGAGCUUUGCAUAUUUGUGCUGUUUUCUUUUGGCACCCAUGUGAUCCAGUAAUGGUAUUCAAAUUUUCUGUAACCCUUCCUGAUAAGUACUUUGAGUAUAUUUUUUUCUGAGUUUUUGUUUUCUUUUUUGAAUGUUUUUAAUCAUUACAUUGAUAAAUAAAAUUGCCUUUCUCUGUACUGUC